AUGAGUCCAGCAAAUAUUACACUAUGGGCUCGAGGUACAGCGAGUGAUCUCGAGUCGGUUCCAGACACCUUUUCGAGCUGGGACAAAUGUAUGGCCAAAUCGUACUGCAACUGUUGUUGUCCGUCAGGCAGGCGGAGAAACAAAACGCCUAAACACUUUGACGACUUCCACCAAUCUCCACCUGCUCCCAAUCCUGUCUAUCAACCGCCACCAGCCCCACCCUCCUAUCGUGGUGCGCAACAGAGCGCGCCCUCCUUCCGCAGCGCGCAGCAGACUGCGCAUUUCGAUGCGCCUAAGUCUCCGGCUCAUGUCAAUGAGGACGCCCUGCCUGAGAUGCCUACCUGGGCUGGUGCCGUUGACAAGCAUGUUGAAGACCCAAAUCAUCGUGACGAUGUUGAAAUGGAGCCAUUGAAUCCCCCGGACCGAAAACAGGCCGGCACACCUGGUGUCGCUUACACUGACUAUUCACCCAACCCAACCAUGGGCGCCGCGGCGGCGGGAUACAGAGGAUUUGGGCCUACCGAUCCGCGUGCACGUCGGUCUCCCGGCCCAGGAGCGGCAUUGAAUCCCAUCCAAGAUCCCUAUGGCCGACGUUCGCCGGGCACACCUUCCCCCAGGGGAGCCAUUGAUCCUUAUGGGAGAAGAUCCCCGGGCCCGGCGGCACUCAGUGCUGCCCAGGAUCCAUACGGCCGACGUUCCCCCGGCCCAGCAGCGUUGGCUGCCACUCAAGAUCCGUACGGGCGCCGCUCACCUGGCAUGUCACCGGCCCCAGCGGCUGGCUAUGGCGCCGCAGCCCACGACCUCUAUGGCUCGCGCUCUCCGGGCGUGACAUCUCCUGUCGGUGCACCAGUUCACAACCCUUACGACCAGCAACAAUACCAAGACUCCUACGAUGACCACUCGUAUGGCGCAGGCAAUGGUUACCACGCCCCCCGUGCCAAUGGCCUUCUCUCCAUCUUCGGAGAUAGAGCCAUUCCCGCAGCCGCGGCUCCAACGCCAGGCUUCCAGCGCCAGCCAUCUUUCGGCUCUAGCCAGUAUCCCCCAACCUACACCUCCCAGCCUCCAUACCGCGGCUUCUCCCCCGCUCCUUCUUCCCCCCCUCCUGCCUUCUCGGCUGCUUCGCCCUCAGAGUACGCUACCUACAACCCCCACGCCAACACCAUCCCCAUUCCCGAGCCCGACAACACCAGACCUCCGAGUCUGUUGCAGAGCGGUAAAAAGCCUACCGUCAAUGCUUCUAGCAACUUUUGA